AUGGCUUCCAGGCAGGAGCGAAGGAGCCGGCCCGCUGAGAUGUCUCCAGUGGGGAGAGUGACCCAGGUUCAGAAUGGGAAAGUCUACCAGCAGAUCUUCCAGGCUCAGGUGCAGCUGGUCCAUUCCCUGGUAGCCAGCAAGAAUCGGAAAGUGGAGGACUAUGUGAACCCGCAGGGCACCAAGUUGCCCUUGAUGAAGAAGGUGGAGAUGCCUGAAGGGGAGAUGUUGUCCUCUCGGCAGCAGAAGUGGGUGCACAGCCUGCCCAAUGACUGGGUCACGGAAAACCCUGUGCUCUACAGGGAAAAGGAAAUAGCCAAGAAGGAAAGGUCACGAGAGAGUGAGAGCACCAUCGCUGCCCGGGAAGUCCGGGGCCUCAUGGACACCAUUGUUCCCGAGAAGACAGCCAGCACCAUUUCCUUUCAACUACAAAGAGAACAGAAGAGGGAGAAUUUUGAGAGUGCUUUGGCGAACUUUCAGGAAGAGAUCCAGCAGAUUGGGAUGGAAAUGGAACCUCUCAUCUUGGAGUCAGGAACACACCUUUUGGAGAAACUGGCUGAGUGUGAUGAAGACAUUGACCACCUCUUCACAAAGGUGGAAUCAGAUCCCACCCUUCAGGAGUACAGCAUCCAGACUCUGAGGCAAGUGCACGAUAAGGUGACCAAGAAGUGCUUGCUCCGGAAGCAGUGGAUUCAAGAGCUGGAUGAAACUCUGCACUCCCUUGAGUUCUUGAGGACCAAUAAACUUAAAGAUCUAUUCAAGAAGUAUAUGGAAGUCAUACAGAAAACUCACUACCUCAUGCAGCCUGAUGUGCACAGAUUGAUAAAUAAAGAAGCUAUGAUCAUAAACCAGGCCCUGCUGGGCAACCGGAGAGCCAUCGCCCAGCUGUUCCUCAACCUGACAGAGGCCACCCUGAAGCAAGAAGUCAGCAACCACCACCGCUGGCAGGACUUGCUAGAUGCUUGGAAGAGUCUCAAGAAGGAUGCUCUGAUGCAGAGUUUCAGUGAGUUCAUGGCCAGUGAGAAGAUCCAGUCUCCUCCAGCUGUGAAGAAGGAACUAGAUGCCAUGUUGAAAACCCAGAAAUCCUUUCAGAUGAAGCGGCUGAGGCAUCUCUACAAGUUCUGUGAACUUCUGCCCCCCACUUACAGCCAAGACCAGCUGACUGAAUGGUAUUCUGUUCUCAUCGACCUAAAUAAGGAACUAGACGCCUACCACGUGGACUGCGUGGUGCGCAUCCGCCUGCAGUAUGAGAAGACCUGGCAGGAGUGCCUGGCCCAGGUGCAGAAGUGUAAGAAUGAGCUUCUGGAGUGGAAAGCCUUCACCGAGGAGGAAGCAGGGAAGCUGAUGAGCCGGUCCUUCCAGAUGGUGGGUGUGCUGCAGAGCAAGACAGAGGAGGAGCUGGAUCUCAUGGAUAAAUCCUUCGAGGUCCUGGCAAAGCGGACGGAGUGGCAGAGCCGGGAUCUUUACACAUACUUCCAAAAAGCUGUGAAGCUGUGGGAGGCCCACCAGGGAACGCUGUCCGUGCAGGAGCUCGACCUGGAGAAGAGAUUGCAGCAGCAUCAGGAGAAGCAGAACCAGGAGAACCAGGCCCAGGAGGCCAACCUGAAUAGGAUUUUGGACCAACUGAGGCAGCAAAGCAGUGAGCAAACACUGAGGAAUCACCUGGAAAUUGCGCUAGAUUUUCUGAAGAACAUGAAAUUAAGGUACGAAAGUUUUCAUGAUAUCCUGACAAAAGAAGUGAUGAUGUACCCGGUGAUGAUACUGAAAGAGCUUAAUGCCUACAGCUACACUGUCAGCCAGUAUUUUUUUGUUCGGGAAAUCUUUGAACAGACCAUGGAUGGGGAAGCCUUUUUAAGACGCAGGGAACCAGAAGCCCACGAGAAGGACUCUCUGAAGAGAAUUCUCAAGCUGAGGAAGCAAGAAGCUACUGAUGAAGUGAAUAAAGAGGAGGAAAGUGUAAGCAGUGGGACAAGAACCCCCAGGCCAGAAGAAGAGCUGGAAGUUAAGGAAAUCAAGCCUUUCGUGAGUGAAGAAAUGCUGAUCCAGCAAGCCAAGUUGACUCUGUUUGAUGGCAUGGGUGAGCACAGAGAGAAUUAUGUCCGUGAGUCAGAGGAAACAGAAAGAGAUGACUCCUCAAAACUCUCCCUAACUAAGGAAAAUGUGAUGACUGAAGGAGAGGUGAGGGAGGGGCUGAAGGAGGAGGAAGAAGAAGAGGAAGAGGGGGAGGAGGAAGCAGAGGAGGAGGAGGAAGAAAAAGAAGACAUGAGUACAUCUGUGGAAGAGGCUGAAUCCAUGGAAGAGAGUUGGGGAGCCAUCUCCAACGAGGACAUGGAAUUCUUCACGACUUCCAGUGGCAACACCUAUUUUGUCUUCCUGUCCCUGGAAGAACAGGACUGUUUCAGGAGGACCCAUUCCAGCCUCUCAUCCAUACUCACUAAGGACAUUUCUGACACCAAGUUCCUACAACACGUCCUUAUUCCAUGUCAUACACUUUCAGAAAUUAAGAAGCAGCUUCGGGUUGGCUUUUUCAACCACCUCGAGAAAUGGUUUGACCAGUGCACCAUCAAUACCCAAGUCAUUGUGGCCACCAAGAUUGAGAACCUGAGGUCAGAACUGGAACUGCGUCUGCAUCUGCUCCAGCCCAGAGCCCAGAACAUUGAAAGAGACAUCCACAACGUCAGGGCAGCUGAGCUCCUGCUUCAUCAAGAGCAUUUAGACAGUCACUGUGCUGGGGUGGUCGAGAUGCUAAGGAAGGAGAGGAUGAUGUUCCACCAGUUCCAAGAGGAGCAGUUCGUGAGGAGCAGACACUUUGAGCGCAAGAUUUACGACAUAGAGUACACCUUCUUGAAUGCCACCAAGAAUCACAAGCUGAUCACUCUCUCCAACACAUUGCACAAGGAGCUGCUCAGCUACGUGGACGUCAUGCAAGUGUCCCUGCGCAGCUUCCGGCAGUACUUGGAGCAGAGUCUGGGCAAGCUCCACUAUACCAACAUCGAGUUCCUCAAGCACUGCAGGUUGUUUUCAGAGGGAGGCAACUUUUCUGAGGAAGAAGUCAGCUCCCUGUCUAAUAGACUGGAGAAGGAAGCAGCCCGGAUAGAAUCUGUUGAAAGUCUAAUCAUGAUCAAAAUGGAAAAGAUGGAGAGCAAGUACCUGGACCAGGCCCAUGAGAUCUUCAAUAAGUUUGAAAGUAAAUUUCAUAAUCUGUCAAUGGACCUCAUUUUCCUAGAGAAAAUCCAUCGGAUACUGACAAAUCUGCAAGUAAACAUAAAGAGCGAGGUGGCAAAAUCCAAUUUGCAAGCAGAUGAACUAAAUUCUUCUCUGGAGCAACUUAAAAGCAAGAUAGAAAUUUGUAACAGCUCAAAAGAGAAAAAUGCAGUGACUACAAGUGCCCUCCUCAGCUUGGUCCGAAGUUGGAUCACCAAAGUGAACCAGAGGAUCCGGUACCUCAACUGCACAUCAGAAGUCGUGUCUGUGACUCAAGUGAUCAAUACCGACCAACUCAUUAUUGACACAGAGGUGGAGAGUGACAUCUUGGUAUCAUCAGAAGUCCUUGAAGAAGAUGCCAAAUUGGACCUGGUCACCCCCGAGUCCUUUGCCCAGCCAUGCCGCAUGGGAAAGUCUAUGGUUGAAGAUCCGGUGAUAGAAGUGGUCAAGAGGAUCCUGCAACAUCCCGAAUCAAAAGGCUACUCCUCUGAAAAAGAUCGGUCACAGAUAAUCCUCGGUCUCCAGUGCACUGACCUGCUUUGGUCUUACAGCUUCACCCGGUUCUCUAAACACAGUCGGAUGGAUAAGUUCCACCAGGUACUUGGGGAGAAGCCACCUCCUCUGGCUAAGCAUUUUAGAGGAAUCAUCCUGACCCUUCUCUGGAAUAGCAAUGAUAAGCUGUUGACCAUCAUCGAGGACUUCUACCGCAAAGAGAAGCACCCAGUCACUAAGCCUGACUGUAUGUAUGAAACCUCUGACCAGUGUGCAGACAGCAUCACCAAGAAGAUCCUGGACUACCUGGCCCAGACAGACGAGUACCACAACUCCUGCCUCAUUGAAUUACGGGUUCAGCUGAGGAGAUUCGAGGAGCUGCUGCCUCAGGUCUGUUGGCUGGUGACAGAGAACUUCAAGGAGCACCACUGGGAGAAGUUUUCCACCUCCAUCAGUGAGCUCUGGGGACAGUUCAAGGAGCAGCUGAAGCAGCUGGAGAAAGCGAAGGAUGAAAAUGCCCAGAAGCUCAGUCCACAUCUUGGACACCCAGCCAACUUCCAAGAAAUGGAAACAUUGUGCCAGCUGGAAGAGAAGAGACAGGAGGAGUUGGGUUGUGUGAUCGAGGAAAACAGAGAGAAGUUAGAGGAACUUUCCAGGAAAUAUGGCCGGGUUUUCAUAAUCUCUUUGGCCAACUUCACAGAGAAAUUCCUGCUGCAGUUGGAUGAAGUGGUCACUGUUGAUGACAUUCAGGUUCCAAGGAUGGAGCCUCCCAAGCAGAAAAUGUCAAUCUUUAUUCGGAAGAAACUCACUGGGCUGCCGCUGGAGGAAGAGCGAGAGAAACCCCUGAUCGAACGGGGCAGCAGGAAGUGGCCAGGUAUCAAGCCCACUGAACUCACCAUCCAAAACAAGAUCCUCCUCAAGAAAACGACAUCCACAACCACUAUCAAGACCACCCUGGGCCACCUGGCAGCCGUGGAAGCCCGGGAUGCUGUUUACCUGAAAUAUUUAGCCCUAUUCGAUGAGGAGACGAAGAAGAUCCAGAAUAAUCACACACUGCAGGUGAAACAGGCUCAGCACUGGAAGGACAACUGGAAACGAUCCGUGUGCACCAUCCAGGGCCUGUAUUUUUGA